CGCUCACGUGACCGCGGACAGCAGUCAUGGCCGCCGUGCAGUGGCACGCACGAAACCGUGACUACGCGCGGGAGCGCGAGCGCGCAUGGCUGGAGGCGCUGCCCGUGGAGCCUGGCGAGUAUCACCCGCUCAAGCCCAUCACGGUGACCGAGUCGAAGGGCAGAGCGGCAAAGGCUGGGGCACACAAGGGCAGCACGUCUUCGCUCUCCACGUCGGUGUCCACUCCAUCGUCAGCGGCGCCCGCCGGGGCCGCUGUGCUGCUGGACCCGCUGAUGUCCGCCCUGGAAGGCAGCGACCCCCUCACACAGAUUGCCAUGGCGUCCGCUGAGCCUUUGGGGGCAGUGGGGGACCCCAACAGGGACGGGGAGCAGAGGAAGCGCGGCUCCAGCACGGGCUUGGGGAGCGACUUCCAGAACUGGGCCCAGAAGCGGCCUGAGAUCCUGGCACGCUACACCACAGUCGAGAAGCUCUCCCUGAGGCUUUCCAUGGGCGCAGACAAGGAUUCAGGGAGGCAUGGUGCGGGAGCUGCUGUUCCCGAGAAGGUGAGGAGCCGCCUGGAGGAGCUCGAUGACCUGGAGGAGGGUUCACAGAGGGAGAUGCUGAACCUGAGCACGCAGGAAUACGUGGGCCGCGUGGAGGAGCAGGGCCAGGCCCUUCGCGAGGCCUGGGCCACUGACCAGAAGGUUAAGGCCCUGAAGAUCGUCAUCCAGUGCUCCAAACUCCUCUCCGACACGAGCGUCAUCAGCUUCUACCCCAGCAAGUUCGUCCUCAUCACGGACAUCCUCGACACCUUCGGCCGCCUGGUGCACGACCGCAUUUGGGCCAUGUGCAACGAGGGUCGACCACCAGGUGCCCCGGCCCUCUCUCCAGACUCCAUAAGCCCGGAGUUGGUCCCGGACUCCGCACGUGAGACCUGCCUCAACUGGUUCUACAAGGUCGCCUCCAUCCGCGAGCUGGUGCCGCGGCUCUACGUGGAGGCGGCCAUACUGAGGUGCAGCCGCUUCGUCAAAACGAGUGGUUUCGAGGAGGUGCUCCCACGGCUGGCGGCCAUGCUGCGCGGCGUGGGCGACCCUCUCGUCGCCAUGUUUGCGCGCGCGUACAUUUGCCGGGUGGGCGUGGAGGGGGCGCCUCACCGACGCGAGCUGCUCACUUGCAACUUCUUCGACUUCCUGCUCACCUUCAAGCAGCUGCAAAGUAACAGCGUACAGAACCUCCUGGCCACGCAGGGCCUGGACAUGCCCAUGUACCUCACCCUGUACUCACCUGCCGUCGACUGGGUGCUGCAGUGCCUGGCCUACCGAGCCCCAGAGACUGUGCUCGUGGAGAUGAUGGAGAGAUGCAGAAAAGUUGGAAACAGUGGGCUGCUGCUCAACUCCAUCAUGUCGGCGUUCCGAGCAGAGUUCAUCGCCGCUCGCACGACCGCCCUCAUCCCCAUGAUCAAGGAAUGCGACGAUUCUGGCUUCCCUAAGCAUCUUCUGUUCCGGUCGCUGGGGCGAAGCUUGGCAGUCGCCGACCCCCCCGAGUCGGACCGCCUGCACGUGCUCAACGAGGCGUGGAAAGUCAUCACGAAGCUGCGCAGCCCCCAGGAUUACAUCGGUUGCGCCGAGGCGUGGAUGGAAUACACCUGCCGUCACUUCACGCAACGCGAAGUAAACACCGUUUUGGCCGACAUUAUCAAGCACAUGACUCCUGACCGCGCGUUUGAGGAGGCUUACCCACAGUUGCAGUCCAUCGUGUCCAGGGUCUUGAAAUAUUUCCAGGACUUCUCCACGCUGUUCGCCAUGGACAAGUUUCUGCCAUUUCUGGACAUGUUCCAAAAGGAGCUCGUCAAGGUGGAGGUGUGCAAGACGGUAACGGAGGCCUUUAUCAAGCAGCAGCGGGAGGAGACGCGGGACCCCGUGAUCGUGAAUGCCUUGAUGAGCGUGUGCAAGACCAUGCACGACUCCGUCAACGCGCUCUCCCUGGACGAUGAGAGGAGAGUCAUCUCGGCGCUCACCUGCGGCUUCAUCCGUAUGAUCUCGUUUGGCCGGGACUUCGAGCAGCAGCUGAGCUUCUACGUGGAGGCGCGAGCCACCUUCACCAACCUGGAGCCAGUGCUUGUCGCGCUCAUGCAUAGUGUGAACCGCCUGGCCAUGGAGACGUGCCGCCUGGUGCGGGGAAACCACACGCGAAAAACGGCGGCGUUCGUGCGGGCAUGCGCCGCCUACUGCUUCAUCACGAUCCCGUCGCUAACCAGCGUGUUCGCGCAGCUCAACCUCUACCUGCUGUCGGGACAGGUGGCGCUCGCCAAUCAGUGCCUCUCGCAAGCGGACGGGUUUUUCAAGGCGGCGAUCGCGCUGCUGGUGGAGGUGCCGCGCUCGGUGAUGGUGGACGGGAAGGCACGCCCCACGGAGCCCAUGCUGCUCGAGUUCCUCUCCUCCUUCCUGUCCACGCUGCUCGUCGUGCCCGAUCACCCCGAGCACAGCGUACUGUACCUGGUUCGGGGGCUGCUCAACGUGCUGCAGGACUACAUCUGGGAGGAGGGCAGCGAUGGGCGCGCACGUGCCUACCUCUCCGUCAUGAACCUGCUGGCCGCCGCCAGCCAGGAGACAUACCUGUACUCCAUCAGCAAGGUGGAUUCGAAUGACAGCCUUUAUGGGAGCGACCCCAAGUUCCUGGGGGAGGUGGACCGGCUCUGUGAGACGAUCCUGGGGCAGGUGUUGGACCAGCUGAAACUGCUGGGCAAGCAGGAGCAAUACAAGCGGCAGAGCGUGCUGGCGCUUGCGCUGCUGGAUACGCUGCUGCUGCAGGCCGACCUGCGCAACAACAAGCUCAACCAGCUCACCGUCAGCCUGUGGGGGCUGGCGCAGAAGCACGGCCAAGCCGACUCGCGUGCCCUGGCGAGGGUGCUGGAGCUGGUGCGGCGGCAGAGCGCGCGCCCCGAGUUGGCUCACUUUGCCGAGCUGGCGCUGCGGAUGUCCCCGCAGGGCCGGCCUUGAGGGGGAACUGCCCGGCAGCGACGCUUGGCGCUCCUCCGCUCCGCUCCGUGCACACCCCGCCUGCCCGCGCGCGGCUCGCCCUGUCGCCCAUCGAGACGCUUGGAAAUAGAAGUCGGGAGUUUGCUGGUUGGGCCGACGGGGCCCCCCCCCCUGAGGUCGUUGAUCGAGAUGCUUUUCUCACGACGCUGACGAGACGGAUCAUUCCCACGUCCACGCGUGCGCACUUUAAUUUUUCCUGCCGCUUGCCGGAGGCUGCUCUCCGAACAUUUUCAUUCCCGAUCGCUGCAGCCCCCGCGGGGCAUUUUUGCGGAAGGAGGGAAUUUCAGGCUGGAAAGGUCCGUUCUGCGGAACUGGGUUUCGCAUCGAAGCGGUUGGUUUUCCCCCGCUGGUCGAUUCGUGGAGAGAUGUGAGCGCAGCGCCCCGAGCCAGCCGUCCGUCCGUCCACCCUUUUGACAUCCGUUUGCACGCAUAAAUCAAGCUCAGUGUACUAUUUUGAUUUAAUUAAAGCACAAGACUAAUAACACCGGUGCACAUCCACGUGAAUAAAAACAUGAUUUAUUCGUCAUUCCCUCAAGCGAGCAAGAACAUUGUGUCAUGAAAAUAAACGGUGGCUUUUUAUUCACAAACCAUCUUAUUAAUCGUCUCGAGUGGCUUCACUGUCAGGAUUAGAGCCAGGAUUAUAAGUCGGGCCUUAAUUCUAACCCUGUUUAACCUCAUCCUGGGUGGCUUGGUGUAGAUGAGAGUUGUUGAGCUAUUAUUGCUAUAUCCAUAAUUGGUUUCAAAAUGUAUUUAUCAAUUCCAAAGUCAUGCAAUUAGAUAAUCGAAUCAAGUGCUAUUUAGUAACAUGCACCGACUGGCACGCGCGAACUGCACCCACAUGCACGGCUUUUUUUUGUCACAUUUGAUCAUCACCAGCCGUGAUCAAAGGCCUUCCAAAGACAUCUCUUACGGCCGCACGUUGUUAAAAUUCACCUAUCACCUGCACAGGAGCCGACUUCAUCACUCCAUCUCUGCAGUAGGCGUCCUCUUGGAUGUGUUCCGCUCCCUUGACUGCCACUCCGUGGUCAUUCUCGACCAUUGGACAUCAUCUCGCCAGUGACGUGUCCUGCCAAACGCCACUCAUUAACAGGAUGCCUCUUUAAUGUGUUGUCUAAUCCAUGUGUGUUCCUCUCCAUGCUUCUUUGCACACUUUUCAGUUUUUUCCACCUUAUUUGAUGUCUGUUUCUGAUCCAUGUGAUGGCAGCUAAUAUACAUUGAUUAAAAACCUAUAUGAUUUAG